GCUGAUCUACUCAGGAAACAUUCAGCUGAUCUGCUUUUGUCUCAACAUUCAGACUUCAAGUGAUCAAUGACUUUUCUUCUCGUUUACUCCAGUUGGCAGGAAGCACCAUGGAUGAUCCAUGUGAUUUAAAUACUGAAGAAAUAAAAGAGGCUCUGAAAAACAAUGACAUAGUCUUAGCUGUCAAAAAGAUCAAAAAGCAUUUGGAGAAUAUGGAUCAAAUUCCUCUCAAUAUUGCCGUCACUGGAGAGUCUGGCUCUGGUAAAUCCACCUUCGUCAAUGCUUUUAGAGGCAUAGGUGAUGAUGCUGAGGGAGCUGCUCCUACUGGUCCUGUAGAAACCACCAUGGAGGCAACACAGUACCCUCACCCAGUCUAUCCCAAUGUUAUACUCUGGGAUCUCCCUGGUAUCGGCACCCCAACAUUUUCAGCUGCUGAAUACCUGAAGAAGGUGAAGUUUGAGAAGUUUGACUUCUUCAUCAUCAUCUCAGCUGAUCGCUUCAGAGAAAAUGAUGUGAAGCUGGCCAAAGAGAUUCAGAGGAUGGAGAAGAAGUUCUACUUUGUUCGCUCAAAGAUUGACAAUGACAUUCGUGCUGAGAGAAGAAAGAGAAACUUUAAUGAACAACAGACCCUAGAGAAGAUAAAGAAUAACUGUAUUCAAGGUCUGAAGAAUCAAGGUUUUGAAAACCCCCAAGUCUUCCUGGUGUCCAGCUUUGAACUUAAGCUGUAUGAUUUCCAUCUGUUAGAGGAAACCCUGGAGGAGGAGCUCCCUGAACACAAGAGAGAUGUUCUGCUGUAUGCCAUGCCAAAUAUCAGUCUGGAGAUAAUCAACAAGAAGAAAAAGGCUUUGAAGGCUAACAUAAAAUACAUUGCCUGUUUAUCUGCCACAGUGGCAUGUGUACCAGUUCCUGGAGUCUCUCUUGUUGUUGAUCUAGCCAUCCUGGUGACCACAGCCAAAAAAUACAAAAAUACUUUGGGUCUUGAUGACAGGUCACUGCAAAAUCUUGCUUGGAGUGCAAAUGUACCUGUGGAGGAUCUCAGAGCAGUGAUGAAAUCACCACUGGCUAGAGCAGAAAUAAGCAAAGAGCUCAUAAUGAAGGUGCUCUCCGCGUCAGCAGUUCAGUUCACUUCAAUCACAGUAGAGGAGGUGUCCAGAAUUUCCCCAAUCAUAGGUACCUUUAUAGCAGCAAGUCUCUCUUGUGCCUCCACCUACAUGGCUCUCAGUUUAAUCCUCAACACGCUGGCAGAUGAUGUACAGAGGGUUUUCAAAAGAGCCCUGGGUUCGGCCUCCUCAGAGUGAUUUUAUAAUGUGAAUAUAAAUUUGGCUCAGAUGUAAGUGUACAAAGUAAAUGAGCUUCUGAUUUAUUUUGGGAGUGGAUUUGAAUCUUUUCUAAAGCAGCAGCAUUUUUCACCUGUUUAACAAAUAAUACCAGUUGUCUAGAUGUUGUAUUUACAUGAGAUUAAAAUGAAGCUUUUUGACUCAUCGAUAAAAUGUUCAUUGAAAUAAGAGACUUCUUUGUGAAAAAAGGGAGAUAGCUUAAAAUCUAGUUAUAACAUCUGAAUGUAAAUGUUUUAUGUAAGUGGACUCUUUCCAUUAAUUUUCACCAUUUUAAUCUCUGAACCUUUUUAACUCUUUUAAUCUUUUUGGUUUGAUUGUAUUCAGUGCAUUUUAUUCUACCUUAACUAUUCAGACCUCCCCUUCUAUGUAUAUCCUAAAUUUGUUGAUUUUAAUGACCAUCUUUCUAUGAUUAAAUUCUUUAUUUUUGCUGUUUUAGUCUAUACUGACUCAUAAAUGAUUGUAAAUGAGGGAUGCCCACUCGAGUGAUUUUUUUAAGUCAAUAAACGUUGAUUGAA